AUGACUUUCUCUUCAACACUUGUCUUUAUGCUCUUCUCCCCAGAUAUACAAGACAAUGCACAGGAAAGCUCGUUGCAAGAACUACAGGAAUACACGGAAGGAAGGAAGUAUCCAUAUUCCUGGAAGCACAACUCUGCUUUCCGCACCCGGUCUCCAGCCUGCCUGGUGGAGCGCGCCGGCGCCUCCCGCCCCUGUCGGCCCCCCGCUGAGCUGCGGAGAGUGACCCGCGUCUCCAUAGCGACGCGUCACAAAGCAGCCCCGAGCUGCCUGCUGCCCAGAGCGUCCAGUCCAGCAGGGGCAGAGGGCACCGCUAGGGCUUCUUUUGAGCAAGAAUGGCAUUGCCUGGGCCCGAGGCCGCGAGCGCCUCUCAAGACCGCUUCAAGAUGCAGCCAAGCUCUUGACAUUGGCAUGCCAGAGGCUUUGACCUUUGGACUGGUCUCCUCUAGCUAUACUCCUCUUAUGGAUCCCACUCGCUCUCGUGAUGCCACCUGGGAUUCCUAUGCCACCACCAUGAGGACUGCAUUCACGCCCAAGACAGGAGCGGUGCCUGCUCUAAUUCGCCAAAAAAGUAUCAGAAGACUAGGAUAUACAUAUUCCCUUAGUGAUCCUAUUCCCAAUCAGACACAGUACAAUGAUGAGUAUGUUUGGAAAUCACCUUCUAAAGAAGAUUUGAUCAAAACAGGGACUUCAAGAAGAACCAGGAGCCACAAAUUUCACCCCAGUCAAGACCUCUUUCUCUGGACACUACCUCAAGGUCAAUCAGCAGCAUCAAUAAAGAGCUACCUCCCUUGGAAAAUCGCUGCUACAGAAGAAGAGGUUAAGAAGGCAAUAUCAAAUCAGUUUAUUUCCAAUACUAGAAGAGACUUUGUGGACAGAGCAAAAGCUCAGAAGAUUAAGGAAAGUUCUCAGGUGCCUCUGGAACGGAAAAAGUUACUUCCUCGACCUGCAGACACUGAAUUUCGAAGGAAUUACCAAGUUCCAGCUAAAAUUCCUGAGCUACGGGAUUUUAGUUUCAAAUACGGAUGCUACUCAAGCCUACCAGUUGCUUCUCAGGGUCUAGUCCCUUCCGUGCUGUUCAGCCACAUGAGGAAUCAAGAGCGUACAAAGAAGCAGACUAUCUACCAAAGUGAUUACGGGAAAGCCUACCUGGAUUUCUUAAUGAUUUUAAACUCAUUUACGCCUUCUCAAGUCACAGAGUACCUUCAGAAUGUUUCCUACAAAGACAGACAAAUUCUUGAUCGCUUUAUCCGCUCUCACUGUGACUUUGGUUUGGAGCAGAAAAUUAAAGGAAACUGUUGA